AUGGAGACCUUGAGUUCUACGGAGCCUCACUAUAUCAGAUGUGUGAAGCCAAACAAUUUACUAAAGCCUGCAAUUUUUGAGAAUGCUAACAUUAUCCAGCAACUACGAUGCGGUGGUGUUCUGGAGGCAAUUAGGAUUAGCUGUGCUGGGUAUCCUACAAGGCGGACAUUCUAUGAGUUCCUACUCCGUUUUGGCGUUCUUGCUCCAGAAGUUUUGGAAGGAAACCAUGAUGACAAGGUUGCUUGCCAAAUGAUUUUGGAUAAAAUGGGAUUGAAAGGUUAUCAGAUAGGCAAGACAAAAGUCUUUCUCAGAGCAGGUCAGAUGGCUGAACUGGAUGCAAGAAGAACAGAGGUACUUGGAAAUGCAGCUAGAACCAUACAAAGGCAAAUCCGUACGUAUAUUGCUCGCAAAGGGUUCAUUUCAUUGCGUCAUGCUGCCAUCCAUUUACAGUCUCAUUGCAGAGGUGUAUCGGCCCGCAAGCUAUGUGAGGGGCUGCGGCAAGAAGCAUCAGCUUUGAAGAUUCAGAAGAAUUUCAGGCGAUACACUGCCAGGAAAGCCUACUUGACUCUAUGUUUGUCAGCAAUCUCAUUGCAGACAGGCUUAAGGGCAAUGACUGCUCGCAAUGAAUUCAGAUUCAGAAAGCAAACUAAAGCUGCGAUCAUUGUCCAGGCGAAAUUGCGUCACCACAUAGCAUAUUCUUAUUACAAGAGGCUUCAGAAGGCUGCAUUAGUUUCUCAAUGCGGUUGGAGGCAAAGGGUUGCUCGUAGAGAGCUUAGGAAGCUCAAAAUGGCUUCAAGGGAAACAGGGGCCCUUAAAGAAGCAAAGGACAAAUUAGAAAAGCGUGUAGAAGAAUUAACAUGGCGAUUGCAGUUGGAGAAGAGAUUGAGGACUGAUCUGGAAGAGGAAAAGGCACAAGAAAUUGCCAAGUUACAAGAUGCUUUGCAUGUAAUGCAAAUCCAAGUUGAAGAAGCAAAUGCCAGAGUAAUCAAAGAACGAGAGGAAGCUCGUAAAGCAAUUGAAGAAGCACCUCCAAUUAUUAAAGAGACCCCUCUUAUGGUUCAAGACACAGAAAAGGUUGAAUCAUUAACGACUGAGGUAGAGAGUUUGAAGGCUUUGCUGCUCUCAGAAAGACAGGCAGCAGAAGAGGCAAGGAAAGCACAUGCAGAUGCUGAGGCUAUAAAGUCAGAACUGUCUAAGAAACUAGAAGAUGCAGAGAAAAAAAUGGAUCAGUUUCAGGAAUCAGUGCAGAGGUUUGUGAAUGCAUGGAAGAGUGGAGCUGAUUGGAUAUUAACACUUAUGCUGGAGGAGAAACUUUCCAACUCAGAGUCAGAGAAUCAAGUGCUUCGUCAACAGGCACUGACCAUGUCCCCAACAGGGAAAUCUUUGUCUGCACGGCCAAAAUCAAUGAUUAUCCAGAGAACUCCUGAGAAUGGAAAUCUUGCAAAUGGAGAGGUGAAGGUGGCAUCGGACAUUGCUCUUUCUACAUCAAAUGCUCGUGAACCGGAAUCUGAGGAAAAACCACAGAAAUCUCUCAAUGAAAAGCAGCAGGAGAACCAGGACCUGCUGAUCAAGUGUGUAUCACAGAACUUGGGAUUCUCUGGGGGAAAACCAGUUGCUGCCUGUGUCAUAUACAAAUGUCUUCUUCACUGGAGGUCAUUUGAAGUUGAAAGGACUACUGUUUUUGAUCGUAUCAUUCAGACAAUAGCUUCUGCCAUUGAGGGGCUAAGGGCAUCCCCUCAGAGUGCUGGACUUUCGUUUCUCAAUGGUCGAGGGCUUAGUAGACUGGAUGACUUGCGACAGGUUGAGGCUAAGUAUCCAGCCUUACUUUUCAAGCAGCAGCUUACAGCCUUCCUUGAGAAGAUAUAUGGAAUGAUACGAGACAAUCUGAAGAAAGAAAUCUCCCCAUUGCUUGGGUUAUGCAUUCAGGCACCAAGGACUUCCCGUGCAAGUUUAGUGAAAGGUCGCUCUCAAGCUAAUGCUGUUGCUCAGCAAGCUUUAAUUGCUCAUUGGCAAAGCAUUGUGAAAAGCUUAAAUAGUUACUUGAAGACAAUGAAAGCAAACAAUGUACCUCCCUUCUUAAUCCGUAAAGUGUUCACUCAAAUAUUCUCAUUCAUCAAUGUUCAGCUGUUCAACAGUCUUCUUUUACGGCGUGAGUGUUGCUCAUUCAGUAACGGAGAAUAUGUAAAAGCCGGUUUGGCUGAAUUAGAACAGUGGAGCUAUGAGGCAACUGAGGAAUUUGCUGGCUCAGCUUGGGAUGAAUUGAAGCAUAUAAGACAGGCUGUUGGAUUCCUAGUCAUACAUCAAAAGCCCAAAAAGACCUUGAAUGAAAUAACAAAAGAACUUUGCCCAGUGCUGAGCAUACAGCAGUUGUACAGGAUCAGUACCAUGUACUGGGAUGAUAAAUAUGGCACCCAUAGCGUGUCUUCAGAUGUUAUAUCUAGUAUGAGAGUUAUGAUGACAGAGGACUCGAACAAUGCUGUUAGCAGUUCUUUUCUUUUGGAUGAUGAUUCAAGCAUCCCAUUUUCGGUGGAUGACAUCUCCAAGUCAAUGCAAAAAGUAGACAUAGCUGACAUCAAUCCUCCACCAUUAAUUCGUGAAAACUCUGGUUUUGGGUUCUUACUGCCACGUGCUGAGUGA